CCGCCGCGACGCGACAACACCGCACGUGCGUAUGACAAAACGCGGCGAAUAAAACGAUCGACUAAUAUUCCAGUGACAGAGAGGGAAACCUCUCUUUUAAAAGACAAAAUUGCUUCACAAGUGGAAAUGCCGAGCAGCCUUUUCGGCGACAUCGGGGGAGGCGGCGGCCUCGUGGAAGACCAGCGAGCGCUGCAACUGGCUCUGGAGUUGAGCAUGCUGAAUUUCGGAGAGAGUCUUCCGUCGUCGAACCCGCUGGCGAGUCCCCUGGGCUUCGCGCCGCCGCCUGACGAUCGUGCCAAGAAAUCACAAAACAUGACAGAGUGCGUGCCGGUGCCGUCUUCGGAACACGUCGCGGAGAUCGUCGGCCGACAAGGCUGCAAGAUCAAAGCCCUCCGGGCGAAGACCAACACAUACAUCAAGACGCCGGUGCGCGGCGAGGAGCCGGUGUUCGUGGUGACGGGCCGCAAGGAGGACGUGGCGCGCGCCAAGCGCGAGAUCCUGUCCGCCGCGGAGCACUUCUCCCAGAUCCGCGCGUCGCGCAAGUGCGGCGCCGCGCCGCCGCCGCCCGCCGGCGCGCCCGGGCACGUCACGGCGCAGGUGCGCGUGCCCUACCGCGUCGUGGGGCUCGUCGUCGGGCCCAAGGGCGCCACCAUCAAGCGCAUCCAGCACACCACGCACACGUACAUCGUGACGCCGUCGCGCGAGCGCGAGCCCGUGUUCGAGGUGACGGGGCUGCCGGAGAGCGUGGAGGCGGCGCGCAAGGAGAUCGAGGCGCACAUCGCGCUGCGCACGGGCGCGGCGGGCGGCGCGGCGGCGGGCGCGGCCGACGGCGAGCCGCUGGCGCAGCUGUACCGCGCCGGCAUCGCGUCGCUGCUGCGGCCCGAGCCCGAGGCCGCGUUCUCGUCGGCGGGCUCGUGCUCGUCGGGCGGCUCGUCGGCGCGCCUGGGCGACCUGCUGGGCAUCUGGUCGUCGACGGAGCGCGACGAGGGGCUGGGCGAGUCGCCGUCCUUCGAGUCGCCGGGCGGCGGCACGGCCGGCGUGUGGGGCUGGGGCCCGACGCGGCCGUCGCCCGCGGCGUCGCCGGCGCGCGCGUGCGCGGUGUGCGGCGAGCGCGGCGUGGCGGCGGCGCUGGUGCCGUGCGGCCACAACCUGUUCUGCCUGGAGUGCGCGCAGCGGCUGGCGGCGGGCGGCGCGCCGUGCCCCGCGUGCUCGGCGCCGGCGCACCAGGCCAUCCGCAUCAUCUCGUAAGCGCGCGGCCCCGCGUGACCGCCUCGAGCCGUGCGCUCUCCUAGUAGGGAUCGGUCUUUUUUACUCGAAUCGUUAUAAAAAUAUUAAAAGAAUAAAAAUCGCGUAAUCGAAAUCCUGGUGCCAAAAGUCGGCGCCUCGCCGGCACGGCCCGUCCGCCGCGCCGAACCUAUCGUAAGUCGGCAGAGUUGUUCACGAUAUAUUUUCUUAUUAUGAACGUUUUUUAUUAGGUCGUCGAGCCGCCGCGCUCGCCGCCGCAGAGAGAGUCGAAGUACGUUACGAUAGAAUUUCGAAAAAAACAUAAAAUUUAAAAAAAGUUGUAUAAUUAUUAUUAUUGAUAGCGUAAAUGAGAAAUCGAAAAUUUAUAAAGCUUACCUAAUGUAAUAGCGUAAAGUAUUAAGAUAUUAUAAUAAUAUAAUAGGCGAGGGACGGGCGGCGCGGGGAGCGGGACGCGCGGCUGUUGUCAGUUCAGAGUCUAGGUAGGGUAGGAGUAGCUAAUGUAGGUAAUGCGCCGCGCGCGGCAGGUCGGUCCCGCGCGGCAGGUCGGUCCCGCGCGGCCGGUCGGUCCCGCGCGGCAUGUCGGUCCCGCGCGGCCGGUCGGUCCCGCGCGGCAGGUCGGUCCCGCGCGGCAGGUCGGUCCCGCCCGCCCCGCUCCCCCGCGCGCCAUGCUCACAUUAUUUUGACUAUACGAUUAUUCGCUUAAUGAUAUUAAUACGUACGUACACACUAUGAUUAAAAUAAUAUUAAUAUAAUGUUUGUUUUAAGUGUGUUUUAAUGUUUAGAUUUUUAUUGUAAUGUUUUUAUGGAUGAUUUUUAUCUGUAUGAUUAUUAUUAUUGAUUAUUAUUUUAUGUGUUGACGAUGUUUUUUUGUGAUUAUGUGCGCCCGUCGGGCCGAGGCUGCUGUAUGUUCGUUUACUGGUUAUGAUAUCGAAUAAUAAUAAAUUUAAAUAAUAAAUAACUGAUUAAAUGAUAAAGAAUCAUAUGAACAUUCAUUAUUAUAACUAUAGUAGUCUGUAGCACGACUUGACUAACCAUUACCUAUUGAUAUACUUAUUAAGUAUUAUUAUUAUUAUUAUAUUGAAUAAAUUUAAAGAAUGCAUAAUUAUAUUUCAUAGGAAUCAUUAUUCUGUAUAACUCUAGUUAAAUAUAACGAUAAUAAAUAUUAUUGUAUAUGUAUAGGGACGACGUUGUUAUGUUCAUUUAACGGGGGGCUGGUUUUAUGAAUUGAUAUUUUUUUAUUUUUUUACCGUUAUUAGUUUUUGACUUACUCAUGUAAAGAUAUUGCGUGAAUAAAAUAACUGCCUAUUAGAUUAUAUUUUAAAAAAUAAUGGUUACGUAAAAUCAGCCCCCGUCGUUCGUAGUUCCAGUGAUUUCGAUGAUUUUAUUUUCAUAAUAAAAUGGGUAGACGCUUUAGGUUCAAAUAACGUUGUGAAAAUUUGUGAAAUUUUGUAGACUACAUAUCUUAUUAUAAAUCUAAUAUAAACUAUAACUUUGGA